AUGCUCAAGAUCAUAGAGGAUCUCACCAACAAGCCCGAGUGGUGGCUCAAGGUCAAAGACGAGGAAAUCGCAACCAAGUGGAUGAAAGAGGCGAUGGAGAUGCCUUGGGAAGACUAUCGGCCACAUGGCGAUUUUACCCAGAAAAUGGCCAAUGCCUGCAUCAAAGAACUCCGCAUCAAAGCAGACUUAUACGAAAAAACCGGUUUGAUACCUGUCAUGGACUACACCUCAGCUGCUUUCAAAUCCGACAACCUGAUCCCUAAAGAUCUCCGCGAGGCUCUUAAAGAUGCUGUUGCUCCCAUGGAAAACGUUCCCGAGGACCAAAAAGACUGGCACCCUGGCAGUGACGGCAAAGUGCUUGACAUUGUGCACCCUUCUCUUUGGCCUCUCUAUUAUGGACACUCGCGCAUCCUACCAGAUAAAUGCAUCAAUGUCGAAGAGGCGUUAGCCCACUGCGGUACAGGUGUUGUUGUGCCAGAAAACCCCGAGUCUGACGCCAAGGCAUUUGGCAUUGGGGAAGAGGAUUUUGACAAAUUCCUGCCCGGAAGGUACUUCUCGAAACGCUUCCAAUGGCUUCCCUGCGACGUCAACUUGACAGAGGACCAUCCUCGCAUUACUAGCUAUAUCAACAACGCUCACCCUGUCAAAGACGCUCCUCUCUACCUGGUUGUCGAGAAGUUCAUUGAGAAGUCGCUUCCAGCCUGGGAUGCUAUCUACAGGUGGCACAACGAUUUCGCCGUUCAGCGUAUCGUCACCAACGCUACAGGAUUUCAAUGCCAAGUACCGGAACUCUGUUACUCGGUAAGCUGGGCAUCAGGUUGUAGAAUAAUGUCACGGCCACUAGAUGAAGGAGAGCCUAAGCGUCCAGACUGGCCGGCUAAUGCGUACUGGAACAGUGAUCAUCACAAGCGUGAUCAAGAAUGGUUUGACAGGACGCAUCCACAAGGCCGCCCGGAGCCUCAAGAUGGGCAAGACCAACUUGUCAAGAUCAAGCCAGACGAUGUGAAGACGUCUGGAUGGUUCGACAAUGCUUCUCGUGUGCAAGUCAUUGUAAAGCUUGCAAAUAUUCAUCUCACACCUGAGAAGCCAACAUACGAUGGAGGGUCAUGGCAUAUCGAGGGUCAACUGAACGAACAUAUAUGCGCGACUGCGCUCUACUACUAUGAUUGCGACAACGUUACCGAGUCUCGCUUAGAUUUCCGGACAACUGCUAACAAGGAAGAUAUGAUGGGGGAGUUGAAUUAUGAGCAAGGCGACUUUGACGGCAUUGAAGAUGUCUUUGCCAUCCGAGCUGCAGACGACACCAUCCAGGAUAUUGGCAGCGUUGUCACAAAGCAGGACAGAAUGCUCUUCUUUCCCAACGUCUAUCAGCAUCAUGUCAGUCCCUUCCAGCUCGCCGACAAGUCACGGCCCGGUCACCGUAAAAUUCUGGCGUUGUUCUUGGUUGACCCCUUGAUACCUAUAAUCUCAACGGCGAACGUGCCGCCGCAGCAGCGGCAUUGGUUUGAAGAUGCCUUACUACAAGACCAAGUCGGUAAGCUACCCCCUGAGUUAACACGCAUGGUGGUGGAGAAUAUGGACUUCCCCAUCGGACUGGACAAGGCAAAUGACAUCCGGAAGGAGUUGAUGGAGGAGAGGACAUCGCAACAGAAAGGACUCGACACAAAUCUCAGAAACAUUGAGUGGAAUUUCUGCGAGCACUGA